UAAGUCAUUAUCAUUACACCGCUUCGAACAGUGAAGAUGUGGAGUGUGCAGUAUGUAGGAAACCAGAAACUAUAAAACAUUUCAUGUUUGACUGUUCAAAAUACUCACAAGAAAGAUCAAGGCUUCAAUACAGAACUAAAGCAAUAUUACAUAGAAAUAAUAUAUCAUGUUCUGAUAUUACACUGGCAACUUUUGUUGGAGAGAUACCGGACAUUACACUAAAUGCAAAAGAAGAACUGUUCAAUUCCUUUAGCAAAUUCAUCAUGGAAACAAACAUACUUUAGAUGUUCAUUAAUUAUCACGUGAAAAUGCAACAGGAGAAAAUUUACAGCACAUAGAUGGAAACUACUACAACAAUCGUCUCAGCACCUUGAGACCAUAGGCGACAAGGACGCCAUAGUUAGAACUUAGAUACAACAACAACUACUACUACUGUCAAUAAACUUAUGACCGAAAACAUUUGAAUACUACGUUAUUAUUUGGUAAAACUUUAAAUGUUAUGGCGGCAAUAUGAACUAUUUUAUGAUUCAGAUCAAUGCUGUAAAAGUUGUCAAAUAACAAAACACAUACAAUCAUCCACGUCAGCACGUGAUAUUAUAUUCGGAUACCAUGUAUUCGGAAACCGUUCACUUAUAUACAAGACUGAAAGUCUGAAUUCAUUUUGUUUAAUUACGUUUAUAAAAGUGCUGAAAAUGACCUUCUGUUAUAACCACAUGUCUUGUGUCCAGUACUGUAUUACUAUUCUAGAUGCCACACAUUGGAUCCAAGCUUGAACAAUGUUUAUCUUUACAACAUCGAGGCCUAGUUAGAAACAGAAUGUGUGUCAUAUGCGUGCGAAAACUAGUUAAAUUACACAAAAACUCAUACCACCAGUGACCACUCUAGUAUGUUAAUGACCCAGUCAAGAUGAAACAUUAUAAUAAUGUUUCUUGUGAAGAUAUCAAGGCUAUGUUAAAAACCCUGUAAAUGUUAAUAAACAACUAAGUCAUCAGGUCAAGUCUUUGGACUUUGACAAUUUGUGUGACUCAGGUGAGCGCUUCAGGGAAAUCAUAUCCCUCUUGCUGAUAUAGUAGUGUUUGGAAAAGUAGUGUUAUUGAAUCAAGAUGAAGUCCAACACAAUGCCAAAGAAAAGUGAACCAGAGGACUCUACCCAUGCUGUGGACAUGGCACUGGAGAAGGCCCAACUCAUCCGGGCAAGUGACACCAUCAUCCUGAAGGAUAGUGAUCUGGCAGAUGAGAAGAAGGGACUGAUGAAGCCUCAGGCCCUUCUAUUCCUUUCAAUGUGGUACUUCUUCAGCUUCUGUACACUGUUCCUGAACAAGUACAUCCUGACCACGCUUAGGGGAGAUCCUAUUCUGCUCGGUGCAGUGCAGAUGGUAAUGACAACUAGUCUGGGCUUCCUACAAAUGUAUUUGCCCCUUGGUAUCUAUAGUAACAUCAAACAGAAUGGGAAACCACCAGAUUUCUGGAGGAACAUGGUCAUUGUUGGAACCAUGAGGUUUUCAACUGUGGUAUUGGGACUUGUGGCACUGAAGUUUACAGCAGUAUCAUUCAUAGAGACAGUGAAAAGUUCUGCACCAAUAUUCACUGUAUUGAUAUCUUAUAAGUUGCUUGGGGAGUAUUCUGGUGUAUUAACUGUGCUUAGUCUGAUCCCUAUCACGUUCGGACUGAGUCUCUGCUCAACAUAUGAAUUAAGUUUCAAUGUUCAAGGAUUUGCAGCAUCACUGGUGACAAAUAUAACAGAGUGUUUACAGAACGUUUAUUCCAAAAUGCUCUUGAGUGGUGAGAAAUACAGAUACACUCCAGCAGAGCUACAGUUUUUUACAAGCAUUUCAUCUGUGAUAGUACAAAUCCCGGCCAGUGUUUUCAUGAUAGAUUUCCUGAAUGUCAAAAACACAAUGGAUGUUACAAUGUUGACAAUGUUCGUCUUUAAUGGCGUGUCUUUCCACUUCCAAAGUCUCUCAGCGUAUGUUCUGAUGGGCUACAUAUCUCCUGUAACACAUAGUGUUGCUAACACAGUGAAGAGAGCUUUCCUCAUCUGGUUAUCCAUCAUAGUGUUUGGUAACCCUGUGACUUUCCUCAGUGGACUGGGAACAAUCGUCGUCACUGUUGGAGUGCUGUGCUACACAAAAGCAAGACAGAUUGAUGCUGCUAAACAGGCUUUAAAAUAUGCUCAUGACGAAGAGAUCCGUGUUUCUGAAUAUAAAUAGUAAAGACAGAGUUUAAGUUGAACAUUUUUUAGUAAAAUCUUGAUGUUUUCAUCUUUGCUGUAUAAAUAUUCUUUAAAUUGAUGUGCCAUACAUUUUAUUUAUAAGCUCAGUAUUCUGUGGUAUAUAAUUUAUUUAUUAGGUCAGCAUUCUGUGGUAUAAAAUUUAUUUAUUAGGUCAAUAUUCUGUGGGAUGCAAUUUAUGUAUAAGGUCAGUAUUCUUUGGUAUACAAUUCAUUUAUUAGGUCAGUACUCUGUGGUA